AUGAUUCUUCUUUUCCCAUUUCCUGUUGGCAUCAUAGCUGCCCUCGGACCUCUGGUGAAGCCCAAGGUCAUUAAAAAGAGGACCAAGAAGUUUAUCUGGCACCAGUUAGACCAGUAUGUCAAAAUUAAGUGCAACUGGCAGAAACCUAGAGUCAUUGACAAUAGGGUGUGCAGGAGAUUCAAGGGCCAGAUCUUGAUGCCCAGAAUUGGUUACAAGAGCAACAAGAAAACAAAGCACAUGCUGCCCAGUGGCUCCCAGAAGUUCCUAGUCCACGGUGUCAAGGAGCUUGAAGUGCUGCUGAUGUACAGUAAAUCUUACUGUGCAGAAAUUGCUCACAGUGUCUUCUCCAAGAACUGCAAAGCCGUUGUGGAAAGAGCAGCCCAGCUGGCCCUCAGAGUCACCAAUCCCAAUGCCAGGCUGCACGGUGAAAAAAAUGAAUAGACAGCUUAUGUGCACAUCAUAUUUGGGUUAAUAAAACCAUAAAACUACAAAAAAGAUUUGUCAGGUACCUAUUUAGCCAGGUGGUGGGCUACAUGCUGAGCAUACAAGAUGAAUAAGACAUUCCCGGUCCAUGACCUCAUGAAAGCUUAAAAUCAUGUGGGCUUGACAGACUGUUAAACAAGUCACAACAAAGCAUGAUAAGUGCCAUAAGAGGAUGUGGCACUGUGGGCCAUGUGGUUAUAACAGUUCCACUGGUGUAGCCAGCAGGAACUUCCCAGGGGAAGUGGAGUUUAAGUCAAGUCCUAAAGGAUAAUGUAAGAAUAAGCUGGAUAAAGGGCAGAAGGAAAAAGAGUGUUCCAAGCCAAACCUGGAGACCAACUGGCCAAGACAAGCCAACUUUUUUUGUGUAUAACAGGUACUGUGCUGGGUACUUGGGAUGCUAUAAGACAUGGUCCCUGCUCUCAGGGACUCACAGUCCAGAGCCAACAACAGGCACCCUGUGAGCCCAUUACUAUGAUUUGGUGUCAUAACUUUACAUUAUACUAAGGGUUGAAACAGAGUUUUGAGGGUGUAAAGCUAUUCACUAUGUUUGGUUUGGGGAAGGUCCAGGAAGGCUUCACAUAGGAGCAAGCAUUGAAGAUGAGCCUUGAUAGGUAAGUGGGCAUUUGCUAGGUAUUUUAGGCAAUAAGAAAAACACGAAUAAAAGUAUUAUCAUGUACUUCCUUUUCCUCAACUCUGAAGUUUCAUUGACAAAAUACUUUGUAUUGAAAAUAUUUUUUGAAAAUAAUCUGCUUGGGGUGCCUGGCUGGCUCAGUAGGUGGAGCAUGCAACUCUUGAUCUCAGGGUUGUGAAUUCGAGCCCCACAGUGGAGGUAGAGACUACUUAAAAAAACUGCUUGAUCUUGGUUUUAUAAGUCUGUCCCAUCCUAUGCUCUAUUUGCUACAAGAUCAGCUAUGAUUCACCUUUUGAUUCAUGCUAGCAUCUCUCCCCCUGGGACCUUAGUUUCCUUCUGCUUUCCAGAAAGUUGAUAACAUAAGUCAAAUGGAGUUUUAAAAUGUGUAUAUCCUUUCUUUGCUUC